AUGGAUUCCGAGUUACCUAAGAGAUUGUAUGAGGAAGGAGCCGAACCACUAGGUGAUAAGAUAAACAAGUGUGCAAGGAUGUCGAUAUUGACGGAGCUGGCAAAGAAUAUCGAGUCAGAGUACAAUGAAGUUAAGAGAUUGCCAUUGUUUGCUCAUAUUAUAGCCAUCCAUAAAAACCGGCUUCAUUUCUCUGCAAAAAUGAUGCACACUCUACUGACAAGGCAGCUUAUCACAACCAAAAAACAUGAGCUCUGGUUUGUGUUUGCAAGGAGACCACUGAGAUUUUCUUUGCAAGAAUUUCAUGCUGUGACUGGUCUGAAGUGCAUAGAUGAUGGCAACUGCGACCUCAAUACGUGGGUCGACGAUGGUGGUUUCUGGAGUAGGCUGCUGAAGAACCGUGGACUGAUAAGCCUGGAGACGAUAAGGAAGAAACAUGUCUUUGAGGCCAACAAGUGGACUCGUGUGGACAGACUGCGAUUGGUUUUUGUUUGUCUUACUGCACUAUUGAUGGCAGUGGAUGAGAAGACUUGGUUAUGUCAUAAUUACAUCAAAUCAUCAUGGACUUUGACAAGAUGUUCUAAUUGGACAGGGGCUGCAAGAGCCGGUUUUGAGGACAUAAUAAAAUUGGAGAAAGCGCUUGUAAAUCAGGGUGUUGUAUACUCUUACAUCUCGUCAACAAGGAAUAUGAAUGUGAUCGACUCCCAGGAAUUUGAAAGGAAACCGGUGAAAACAACGCCUGCUCCGGUGGUUCCUUCUGCAGGGACAAAUUCCGAGGUUGUCCACAACGACGGUGUUGAGAGCGGUGAGGUCUUCAAAACGCCAUGCGGUGAACAAACUACUUCGUCUGGAUCGAGGACUAGAAAGAGGAAGGUGAUUGACAAAGGCGCUGAGGCACGCAAGAAGCGACUGCUGUUUGAGCGAUCGAUUGCUAAUGCUGAACAAGGGAGUCAGAGUUUUAUGCGAGGUCUCCUUGAAGACUACGAGAAGAGACUGACGAAGCAGAGUGACGAAAAGUAUGAGAAGUUUGUGUGUCUAAUGUAUUGUCGGAUGAUGCUUGUUGUAAUAACUUUGUGUGUCUAA